AUGGCAUCAAGAAAAAACCUUUCAGAAAAUGAAAUUCAAAACCUCCUUCUGGACGUUCAUGAUGAAGAUGAAGUGUUUCUUGGGGAUGAAUUAGAAGAUGAACUGGAUGAAAUUAUUCCCGAUUUUCGCGAUGAACAGGUUCCUGUCGAAGAGGAUGGCUCUAACCAUGAAACAGAUCUUGAAAGUUCGGAAGAAAAAAAUUGA